GACGACGGGUGCUGAGGGAAGAAGGGAGGGGAGAAGGAGAAUGAACGAAAGAGCGAAAGCGAAUGCAAUAAGGGCGGGAAUAGUGGUGAUUGGAUCCUUGGCGUUCGGUUAUUUGAGCUUUCAGAUUGGGUUCAAGCCUUUUCUUGAGAAAGCUCAAGAAUUUGACUCUCUUCAACAGUCUUCUCACUCAUCUUCAAAAUCCCAAGAAGAAUAACCCCCCAAACCCAUCCAUCAUAGUAGCAUCCGGAUGGAUGCAGAAGAAAAUGAUGAACGACAUUGGAUGGAGAAUUGGGAUCAAAAGCAUGGUAUGGCUGUAGCUCAAGUUUCUUUGGGGUUGAAGAAGUUUUGGUUGAAUAAAUGAACUUCCGAGUUGAGCAGCAUUUAUGCUAGAAGACCUACAGCUUUCUUUUAGAAGAUCCUGCAAGGGUGAGAGCAUUCUCUGGUUACCCAGUUGAGUAGUGUUAGGAUUUCUUAAUACAAAUGAUGUAUGGCCCUGAGUACCUGGACCCUUGGUAAGUUUGUGCAGUGGCUAUGGGCAUGAAGAAAGACUUCAUAAUCUCUUCUCCCCUAGAUCAAUUCUUAAACCAAUUAUGCAUUUAUCCAAUGUCUUGAGGAUUCUUGAUGAAUUUUUGAUAAUUAAAUAUGACUUUCAUAG